UUUACAGUUUUGGUAUUUAUUUAAUCAGGGUUUAUUUACUAUUUACAGUUUCAGCGAUAUGCUGGUUGUAGAAUAAACAAACAAGCAAAGUUUACAUAUUUUAUAAUUUUUUGAACUGUAAUUCACCAACAAUCAUGAGUAAUAAUAAUUGAACUGUCAUCAUGUCAUGUGGCUUAUCUUAAUGAAGCAGAAAUCCUGAAAGCGUUAUUGGAUUGAAGUUUAAGGAAUCGCUAUGGAAAUGUCUGAAUCGACGACGGAGAAGAACGGGAGGCAGCGCAAGCAUCAUACUUCUUGGAAGAUGAAAAUGAACGAACGCAAGCAGGCAACAGAUUUGGAAAUUGAAGAGAGUGAAACACUGCUACAGGGCUCAGAUAAUGAAGUUGGACAUUCUGCUCCCAAAGUGUGCUAUGGACUUAAAGAUGAACUGGGAAAUGUCUGUUUGCUGCUCUUCCUUUAUGUCCUUCAAGGGAUUCCAUUAGGUUUGGCUGGGAGUAUCCCUCUCAUACUCCAGAGCAAGAGCGUCAGCUACACGGACCAAGCUUUCUUCAGCUUUGUGUUUUGGCCUUUCAGUCUCAAGCUGCUCUGGGCACCUUUGGUGGAUUCUAUAUAUUUUCAACGGUUUGGACGAAGGAAAUCCUGGCUAGUGCCAACCCAGUAUCUCUUGGGACUAUUCAUGUUGUAUUUAUCAUAUACAGUAGACUCCUUACUGGAGAACGAUGGGCAAAAAGGCCCAGAUAUUGUGACUCUCACUGCUGUGUUUUUCUUGUUCGAAUUCUUAGCUGCCACACAAGAUAUAGCAGUGGAUGGAUGGGCAUUGACUAUGUUGUCUAGGGAAAAUGUAGGUUACGCCUCAACCUGCAACUCAGUCGGUCAGACUGCAGGAUACUUUCUAGGCAAUGUACUCUUCUUGGCAUUGGAGUCACCUAAUUUCUGUAACAAAUACCUGCGUUUUGAACCACAGGCCAAAGGGAUUGUCACUCUUUCAGAUUUCUUGUUUUUCUGGGGUAUUGUUUUCUUGGUGACUACGACAUUAGUUGCAAUAGUGAAAAAGGAGAACUGUAAAAAAUCCAAACCCAAAGAAGAAACCCAAGGAGUUAUGGAAACAUAUAAACUGCUCUUUUCAAUUAUCAAGUUGCCAACCGUUUGGACGUUUUGUAUUCUGCUACUCACUGCUAAAAUGGGAUUUUCUGCAGCAGAUGCUGUAACUGGACUCAAAUUAGUUGAAGAAGGGGUUCCUAAAGAGCAACUGGCUCUGCUGGCCGUGCCUAUGGUACCUUUGCAGAUCUUAUUGCCUCUGAUUAUCAGCAAGUAUACUGCUGGCCCUCGACCACUAGAUAUCUUUUACAAAGCCUUCCCGUUCAGACUGCUGAUAGGGUUGGAGUUUGCAUUUCUGGUUUGGUGGACUCCUAGUGUAAAACAAGAUGGAGGAUUUCCUGUAUAUUACUAUAUAGUCGUGCUGCUAAGUUAUGCUGUUCACCAGGUUUCCUUGUAUAGCAUGUAUGUAGCUGUCAUGGCUUUUCAUGCUAAAGUAAGUGAUCCACUUAUUGGAGGAACAUACAUGACUCUCUUAAAUACUGUAACCAAUCUCGGAGGUAACUGGCCUUCCACGUUGGCUCUGUGGCUGGUGGAUCCACUCACCUCGAAGGAGUGUAAAGGAGCUGAGGGGCAAACCUGUGGGUCUGCAGAAGAAGUUGGAUUAUGCACAAAACUCGGAGGCGCCUGUGUGACAACAUUCGAUGGCUAUUACGUGGAGUCUGUAGUCUGUAUUGUUAUCGGUUUCGGCUGGUGGUUCUGGCUUGGAAAGAAGAUGCGGAAGCUGCAGGAGGAAAAACCAUCUGCAUGGCAAUGCAGGAGAACCAAAUAAAAGCCAUAAAUAGACACCAGAUCAAUGAUUUCUUCCAAGCUUUAAUCUGGUGGUGCUAAUUGGAUACAAUGGAGCAUUACUAUUCUUGGUUUAAAUGGUACUGACUCUGAGAUCUGUGGAACUUGGUAUUCCUUUGCCACAAAAACAUUAUUCGCAUAGUUUUGGGAUGACACACAAAGAUGUAAAUCUACAAAUAUAAUUUCAUUUUUAUUAUUCGAUAUAUGUAGAUUUUGUUUUAAAUGUAUUUAAGUCACAUCUACUUCAGACAGCUUUGCAAAGGGACCAACUAAAUGUGGUUUGCUUUGAACAGUUGAAUUGUAUAUAAGGCAAUUUAACAUUGGGAAAUUUACUCAAGGAUUAAUCAGAGUGGUCAGUAUAGACUGGUCGUCUUUUAAGAUAUGAUUGACUGGGCAAAGGGACCAACUAAAUGUGGUUGCUUUGAACAGCUGAAUUCUUUUUUUUUUUUUUUAAUUUUUUUUAAAUAGUAUACUAUGAUGCCCUCUGGGUAUGUCAGGAACAUACCUCCUAGGAUUUAUAUAGCACAUUAUAAGUGUCGUUCUCUUGACAUAGCUGGUCCCUGUGACCGACUUUCCCAGCUUGUAAAAUAGCAUCUCCUUACUCAAGACUAGUUCCACACAAACCCUUUAGUACUUCAGCCAAUCAGGUGUCGGAUAAUUCAGUCACUGUGACAGUCAUACAGAGUAUGCUGGAUACCUUCUUGUAUCCAAUGUCAAUGCAAAGUUUGAUCAGGCAGUUUUAGUAGGUCACCACAACCUAGCUCCCGAUACCCACCAGAACCCAUGCUCUGCCUAAUUUGCAUCACCUUGUGAUGAGUGGUUCUGAAGAAAUUGCUGUAGAAGUAUGUAGUGUACAGACAAUCUCCUCCUGUCACAGGUGAUGAUCACUGUGCUGGUGUGCAGUACCAUCGCUUAUCAAACCCCAAAUUGUAAGAAAUUUAGUCCAGUCUAUUUGUGCAUUAUUACCGGUGCCUUUUAACCUUUUGAAUGGCCUACUUUAAAUAAAUAAAGAUCAAAUAAACUAUAUAAAUACAUAAGAGCCAGACUGCAUGAACGUUUGAACUGAUUUUUUGGAAUUCUCUUUUUAAAUGUAUAUUGUCAUCUUAAAUAUACCAAGAGAUUUCUUCUAGUUUGACUUUCUCGGUGAAUAGCACAAUACACUGUAGAUUUUUUAAUGCUCUUUAUUUAAAGAAUUUAGCGCUGCUUUAAAAUGUCAGUCAGAGUCCAAAUAUUACACUUUUAUUUGGUUUAAGUUUAUUUUUAAUCUUGUGAAUGUAAGAUUAUAAUGUGUAAGAAAGAUGCAACUUUUUACCUCCUGAAAAAACCUGGUUGGCUAUAGACUUGUUACAGACUGCAUGUUUUGCAUUUCUUUGUUUUUGUUUAGUAUAAAUGUGUAAACUCCCUUUUUAUUUGUGAGCUAUUAACUUCAGCAAAUUUUGCGAUGUACUUUUAACUGAUAAUGUAAUUAUCUGCUAAUUAAGUACCAUAAACCACGCAAAACAAUACAUUUUGUUUUUCCCCUAUACAUUGCUAAAAUGUAUUUAUUGACACACGUAAUGGAUAAAAAAGGGGGUUGCAGUAUUUUGCUUGUUGUUUUUGUCACAUGCUUUUUGUUUUGUUUCGUUUUUUCAAACUGGAUCUUGGCAUUCAUGAAACUGGUUGUAACUACAUUUUCAUAUUUAAAAAAAAAAAAAGGUAUUACACAUUUUAUGUAAUUGUUGUAAUAAUCUGGAUACAAUUACCUUUAAAUGCCUUCUGUUUUUGUGUGUCAAAGUAAACAUUAUGUGCUACAUGUAAAACAUAAUUAUAUACCGACAGUGAUGGAUUUUCUGCAGUAUAUGUAUGUUUAAACAAUGUAUUCAUGUCUGUACAAAACACAAUUUAAUGAACACAAUUCCAUAAUCUGCACCAAUAAGAAUUUACAUUCCUCUUUCUUUUUUCACUGUUACAGUUUCUCUUGAGCUUGGAAAAAAAAAUCUGCUUUGUAAAAUGUUCAGUGAUUUAUGGAUUUAAUGAAAGAGGGAAUUUUAAUUCCAUUUAAUCUCUGAUUCAUUGAAAUUGUUCAAAACAAUCUGGCUUUGUUAGCAGGACACUCUUUUAUGCAAUUUGUGACCUUGUACAAAUGUGUAUUUUGAGUACAGUGUUUAUUUGGUUCAGCAAUAUAUGCCACCCAUUAAUUGUAUAAAAGUAUAAAAUGUGUAUAUAAGCCAUGCUGUAAACAGUUCUAAAUAACUUUUCUACCAACAUUCCUGAAAUGUAAGAUUACAAAGAAUGAAUACAUAUCCAAUAUGUAAUAAAAUAUAUAGAACAUGUUUA